AUGUCUCAUGCUGAUCAAUCAGGAUAUACACUUCCCACUGGAUUCUCAGGCUUCUUAGAUUCCGGCGGCCCAGAUCAUCUUUCAAAUAAACAGUGGUUUCAUUCACAACAACAACAUGAUAGAUCAAGGAAACCGUUUGAACGAUCUUACACAAACCAACCUCAGUUCAUUGAUAGGCAAUCAACUUCGUCGUCAUCAAAUACUUCUGAUCUUUCGCCAGAAACUUAUAACAAUGCCGUUCUUCAAGACCAGCAAUAUAUGGCCGCAGUACAAGCAGAUCAGCAAUAUCGGAAUGCAACUUCCGUGCGUCCACAGGUGAUGCAACACCAUUUUUUGCGAUCUAAUCGCCCUCUUUCACAUGUCUACAAUUCAUCCAUGACAGCAAAUAAUUCUUCAGCAGUUUCAUCCGCUUCAUCUAUCCCAACAAUUUCCUCAACACAGUCCAUCCAAUCUGUCACCUCAUCGAUAAGUGGUCCACAAAAUAGUUAUCAGAUGUCAACUCUUGCAGAUGUGAAUUCGAAUUUAUCUGCUGAAUCUGUCAGUAUGACCCAGACGACCAGUGUUCCAAUUACUUGUUCAACAUUUCCUACUUCCAUAUCAAAUGUUGCAGAUCGUCGGGGUUCUAUGCCCAUGCUAGGUAUAACUCAUUCUUGUGGGGAAAAUCAGUAUGAAGCGGCCACUAGUGAAACCGAUAUUAGUAAUACUAUUGCUCCAUCGCGGACCGUUUAUUUGGGGAAUGUUCCACCUUACACAAGAGCAAAUAAGUUGUUAGAUCAUGUUCGUUCGGGUGUAGUGGAAUCUCUGCGAAUUAUACCAUCCAAGAAUUGUGCAUUUGUUUCAUUUUUGGAUGAAAAGGCAGCAAUGCUAUUUCACUCAGACGCUAUUCUCAAGAGAUUAACUAUUGAUAAUCAUGAAAUUAAAGUUGGCUGGGGAAAGCCAACGGCAGUUCCGCCUGUUGUCGCCUCUUGUGUGGCCAGAUAUAAUGCCACAAGGAAUGUUUAUCUAGGAAACCUUCCAUCAGAUACGACAGAGCAAGAGCUAGUCUCUGAUUUGUCUGAGUAUGGUGAAAUCGAGACUGUUAAGAUACUAUCUGAGAAGAGGAUUGCCUUUGUACACUUUACUAGCAUUUUGGCUGCUACUCGAUGUGUGCAGACACUUCCAUUGGUUUCAAAAUAUUGCGAUCGGAAGGUUUUCUAUGGAAAGGAUAGAUGUGCUUUUAUUACAAAGACUCAACAACAUAAUGCAGCUCAAUAUUUGGGUUUGAAUCCGCUUCAGGAUAAUCUGCCAGAUAAUGUUGACCGAGAUCAAAUUGCAUCUGCACUGGUAAAGCAGUCCAAUGCUGCAGCAAUGAUUGCAACGGCAGCUGGCGGUUCAUCUAAUCUGGGAAAUAGAACUAUAUAUUUGGGAAACUUAAACCCUGAAACAACCGUUGAAGAAAUAUGCAAUGCUGUGCGGGGAGGAAUACUUCAGAAUAUUCGGCCGAUCCCAGAAAGACACGUCUGCUUUGUGACAUUUAUUGAUCCAAUUUCAGCUGCACAAUUUUUUGCCAUGUCCUCGAUUCACGGACUGAUUAUUCACAAUAGAAAGGUCAAAGUUGGAUGGGGAAAACAUUCGGGUCCUCUUCCUGGUUCAAUCAGUCUUGCGGUUGCAAAUGGCGCUUCGAGAAAUAUAUACAUUGGAGGUUUGGACAAAAUUCCGGAGAUCGCAUUUACCCAAGAGAAGCUAUAUCACGAUUUCAAGCCUUUUGGAGAUAUCGAGCAGAUAAACUUCUUUGAGCAAAAACAUUGCUGCUUCGUCAAUUUUACAAACAUUUCAAAUGCCGUCAAGGCGAUAGAUGGCAUUCAUAAUAAUCCCGAUUACGAGAAAUGCAAGAUCAACUUUGGCAAAGAUCGCUGUGGCAAUACGCCUAGACAUUUUCAAUCGUCUAGAUCUCGCUGCAACAGUCAUAAAUCUUCCUCCUCGUCGACUUCUGCAUCCACAACGUACAAAUUACAGAAGCUCCCUUUAUCAUUUGAUUACAUUAGACAGCGGCAUAACAGCGAGCACUAUGAUAACAAUGACCAGCUGAAUACAGGAAGUGCUAACAGUCCCCCAGCUAUUUUCUCUUUAAAGCAGGAGCAACAGCAGUAUGGCUUUAUUCCUAACUCUAGUUCUGGUAUUAACAGCAGCACACAGAACAACAAUUUGAAUAAAAAUGAUACUUCCCAAGGAUACACAGCUGAGCGGGCUUCUCAAUGCAGUCCCUUAGGUAUAAUUACCGAUCAUGCCAAUCAUUUGAAUCACUCCUACUAA